AGCAUGUGAACUGAACAAAACACGCCACUUUCUCCCCCUCAGAACAGCAACCUGCAAAACCCUGUUUCUUUUGUUCGCUUGGAUUUCUUUAUUUUUAUAUUAUGGAAUUGGAAGCACCAGAACCCAACCAAACCCAUUCAAGAAACUGAAGGGAUAUUAUCAUUUUUACCAAUUUAAUAUAAAUAUUUUUUUUAUCUUCUAUUUUUUUUAUUUUUUGUACCAAAACAAACUCAAACAUCCUCUUCAAUCACUGUUUCUUCUUUUCCACUUCAUCGCAGACCAAGAACCGAAAGCCAUAUUGGAACUACUAUCACCUUUCACCUGCCGGGGAGUUCUUCUGGGUUUUCUUGUUCAUAAAUGAGAUGAGAUGGGGGAGGUGAGAAGACCCACAAAAAACAGGGGAUUCUAUGUGAGGAUGAGGCUCUUGCACACCAAAAAUGGCAGACCCCAAGAAAAGAACUUCUUUUACAGAUACUACAAAUGGGUCCUCUGGUUAUCCCUAUCCCUCUAUCUCUUCAGCUCCUAUUUCAUCACCAAAGACAACAAACCUCCCCCUCUAGCCAAAACCCGUGUCUCUUCUGCAUCUCGCGCUCUCUACGAGUCCACCAACGCCAGCCUCCUCCAACAACCGAUAAGCAAUCCAGCGUUGUUGAAUAACUUGAAGAUUUUCGUGUACGAGCUGCCGCCGAAUUACAACACGGACUGGCUUUCAAACGAGCGGUGCAGCAGCCAUUUGUUUGCGGCGGAGGUGGGUAUCCACAGAGCCUUGUUAAACAGCGAUGUGAGAACUUUUGAUCCGUAUGAAGCCGACUUUUUCUUCGUGCCAGUCUACGUUUCCUGCAACUUCAGCACCGUCAAUGGGUUCCCAGCGAUUGGGCACGCAAGGAGUCUGAUAUCCUCGGCCGUCCGGCUCAUCUCCUCGGAGUACCCGUUCUGGAAUCGGACCCGGGGCUCCGACCACGUCUUCGUCGCCUCUCACGACUACGGAGCCUGUUUCCACGCAAUGGAGGACGUGGCGAUUGCGGAUGGGAUCCCUGGGUUCUUGAAGAACUCGAUCAUAUUGCAAACCUUUGGUGUCAAAUAUAAGCAUCCGUGUCAGGAUGCGGAGAACGUGCUAAUCCCACCAUAUAUUCCGCCGGAUAGUGUACAGAAGGCUCUGGAAAAUUAUCCGGUGAAUGGGCGGCGAGAUAUUUUCGUAUUCUUCAGGGGUAAAAUGGAAGUCCACCCAAAGAACGUCAGCGGCCGAUUCUACAGCAAGCGCGUGCGGACGGAGAUAUGGCGUAAAUACAACGGCGACCGGAGGUUUUAUCUCAAGAGGCAGAGGUUUGCCGGUUACCAGUCAGAGAUUGCGCGGUCCGUUUUCUGCUUGUGCCCUCUGGGGUGGGCCCCGUGGAGCCCGAGGCUGGUUGAGUCGGUCGUGUUGGGAUGCGUGCCGGUGAUCAUAGCCGACGGCAUUCGGCUGCCCUUCGCCUCGGCCGUGAAUUGGACGGAGAUAUCACUCACGGUUGCCGAAAAGGACGUGGAAAAGUUGGGGCCGAUUCUUGAACACGUGGCGGCGACCAACCUGAGCAACAUACAAAAGAAUCUGUGGGACCCAAGGAACAGGCGGGCCCUAAUGUUCAACAGUCAGGUCCAAGAAGGGGACGCCACGUGGCAAGUGUUACAUGCUCUGGCUCAGAAGCUGGAAAGGUCGUACACUCGGGGGUCGGGGGUUUCGAGCCAAUGGGCGUCGGACACGUAAGGGAGCGGGCUUUCAGAGUGCCAGCUAAUUGUAGUUAAUGGAGCACAGCUGGAUUUUUCUUGGACUGCCCACAACGUAUCAGAAGACGGAAUUUUAUUUUGAUGGUGGGGUCCUAUUUUGAAGAAUUUUUUGGGCCGGUGGGUUCGCGACGAGAUGCCCAGCUUUGAUUGGCUGGUUGUUGUGGGGACGAAAUAUAAUUUAUGUAAAUGCUGAGGAGAAAAAUUAAAUUUUUUUUGUUUGAUAUAAUACUGUAUUUAGGGGUCAUAGUGAUAGAUGACGGGUGCUUGUUCGUGCAGAUCGAUCCCGCCAAAUUAUGUGCUGUAAAUGAUUCGCGUGAGAGCAUCUGAUACAUGAAAUGAAUCAAAGCAAAUUUUGUACAUUUUCUUUCAAUGU